CUAUUAUGGGUACUUGAAAGAAGUAUUCAUGAUCGCGGACUUGCCGAUACCAGUCUCGUGCCAAAACUAUAAGGUUCAAAUUUCGCGACCACUAAUUAUCAUUUCCGAAAAUCGAAGAAAAGAAAGCUAAGCAUUACAGCUUCCGAAUGCAUAAUUGGCAGCCUUUUUGAUAUACUGAGAAGCCGACGAGGCAGCAUUAUAGUCAGAUUCAAGACGAUAAUUGCCUGGAUGAAGAACGUAUUGAAAGAACUUUUGGAGUCCGUCUGUCUUCGACUGGUUUAUUCACUGGUAUGGACAGGACUGACCUCAUUAUUUUCCAUAACAAUCAUUGUUAUAGCAGCAUCUUAUCCUCUAUUCUGGCCUUUCCUUUUGUUUUACUCGAUGUGGCUGUGGUACGACUGGGACACCCCUUCUAAAGGAGGAAGGCCAUUCAAAUACUGCUUUGUUAAAAGAUGGAGAAUAUUUAACAUCAUACGAGACUACUUCCCAAUCACUCUGGUCAAAACAACCGAGCUCGACUCGAACAAGAACUACAUUCUUGGCUACCAUCCACAUGGUAUGCUCCCUGAUGGAGCACUCGUUUGUUUUGGUUCAGAAGCUGCUGGUUUUGGGCAACUAUUUCCGGGAUUAAUGUCACGAGUCGCGAUGCACUCAGUCUUUGGAUGGUUUCCUGGAUUUCGCGAGUUCGCAAUGGCUGCUGGGAUGAUCAGCGUAUCACGUGACAGCCUGGAAUACGUGCUCACUAAUGAAGGAUCUGGACAGUGUGUAGUGACGCUGAUCGGCGGUUCGUCAGAGGUUCUUUACACGAGCCCAUCUUGGUAUCAGCUGGUACUGAAUCGGCGCAAGGGAUUCGUCAAACUUGCUCUGAAAACUGGAUCAUCUCUUGUCCCUGUAUUUGCAUUUGGUCAGAACGACAUGUUCCACCAACCGCCAUCUGCUUUACCUUCGAGAUUGGAGAACAAAGUCAACCUAUCGAAAUGGGCUCAGGUUUUCAUCAAAUACAGCCUACUAGCUUUCCGUGACGUGGAGACAUUUGGCGUGAUGCCAAGAAGAAAGCCAAUCACUGUUGUGGUUGGAGCGCCAAUAGACGUACAGAAACGUGAUGAUCCAACUCCAGAACAGAUAAACUACCUUCAUUCACUUUACGUCCAAGAACUCAAAGACUUGUUCGACAAACACAAAAUGAAAUACAACGACCCCAAAGAUGUUCACUUGAUUCUAGACGAGAUGUGAUAUUUUUCCCGACUUGUGAAAAAAGUGUAAAAUAUUACGUAUUUCCUACGAUUUCAUACGCGUCCAUGAUUAAAUUGACCACUCAUUUAUUCUAACUUUGGAAACUGAAUUUAUGAGAAAAAUAAGUAUUUUAUACGCGUAAUAAAAUAAAAUUAGCAAUACAAUUAAUUUGUAAUAAAAUAAGUAUUUCAUACA